CAUUAUCCUAAGCGAAACUACGCAGCGGUUUCCAUGUAAGGUUAAACUGUUCCUUUUCAUCAUCGAAAGUACUUGAAACAUAAAAAAAUGGGUAAAAUUUGAUUUUGAGGGACGGGUAUUUGUGAAUUGUUCAAACUUCAUACCCAGUUGCUAUUAGGUACCAUGGUUAAAUUUAUAUAUGAAAGAUGUUAGCUUAGCUCAGCUUCUGGCCUUAAAAGUAAUUGUCAUCAUUAGAUGAGUUGUAAGUAUGGGUAUCAAGUAUCUGCUGGUUGUUAUGUGUCUUUGGGAUUGGUCAGGAUCCUUGGCUUCUACAACUUUUAAUGAUGGGUUGAUGAAGGUAAGUCUAAAAAGGAGGAAGUUAGAUCUCCACAGUCUUAAUGCUGCAAGAAUCAAAGAGGCCGGUAAUCCCAAAGAUUUAGGGAGUGUUGAUAAACAUUAUUUAACUGAAAAUGUAGUAUAUCUUAAGAAUUAUCUUGAUGCACAAUAUUUUGGGGAAAUUAGUAUUGGUUCACCGCCACAAUACUUCAAUGUUGUGUUUGAUACUGGCAGCUCGAAUCUUUGGGUCCCAUCUUCCAAAUGCAUCUUCUCUAUCGCUUGCUAUUUGCAUUCCAAGUAUAGGUCGAGGAUCUCUAGCACCUAUACAGAAAUUGGAAUACCUUGCAAAAUCCCUUAUGGGGAAGGAUCCAUAUAUGGAUUCUUCAGCCGAGAUAAUGUACAAGUUGGGGAUAUCAUCAUCAAAGAUCAAGAAUUUGCUGAGAUUAUAAGGGAAGGAUCUUUGGCACUUUUAGUUCUUCCGUUUGAUGGGAUACUUGGACUUGGAUUCCAGGAUAUUUCAGUUGGAAAAGUUACGCCAGUGUGGUAUAAUAUGAUAGAGCAAGGGCACUUAUCUAAGAAAAUUUUCUCUCUUUGGCUAAAUCAAGACCCAAUGGCAAAGAUAGGGGGUGAGAUUGUCUUUGGUGGUAUUGACUCAAGGCGUUUUAUAGGUGACCAUACUUAUUUUCCACUUUCUCAGAAGGGUUAUUGGCAGAUUGAGGUGGGAGAUAUUCUACUUGCAAAUAAUUCAACAGGGUUAUGUGAGGGUGGCUGUGCUGCAAUUGUGGACUCAGGGACAUCUUUAAUUGCUGGUCCAACUAGUGUUGUGACUCAAAUUAACCAUGCCAUUGGAGCAGAAGGAUAUGUGAGUUUUGAGUGCAAAAACAUAGUUCAUAACUAUGGCGAUUUGAUAUGGGAAUCCUUGAUUUCUGGGUUAAAUCCUGAAAUUAUAUGCGUUGACAUUGGACUCUGUUCACAUAAUGGACCUCAUAUGAUGGAUGACAUUAUUGAAACAGUGGUGUAUAAUGAAAGUUGGGAUGGGUCACACACCAAGGAGAGCCCCUUUUGUGCUUUCUGUGAUAUGAUUGUCCUUUGGAUUCAAGUUCAGCUUAAGCAAAGCAAUGUAAAGGAAAAAGUAUUAAAUCAUAUAGAUAAGCUGUGUGAGAAGCUUCCAAAUCCCGUGGGACAAUCAUUUAUAAACUGCAAUAGCAUUGCAGCUAUGCCACAUAUUACAUUCAAGAUUGGAAACAAAUCCUUUCCUCUAUCUCCAGAACAGUAUAUCCUUAGAGUUGAAGCAGGCUGUUCUACUGUCUGCUUUGGUGGUUUUGUUGCUCUAGAUGUUGCUCCCCCACAGGGUCCCCUCUGGGUACUUGGAGACAUUUUCUUGGGGGCAUAUCACACAGUGUUUGACUAUGGCAAUCUCCGUAUAGGAUUUGCAGAAGCUGCGUAGUCAUAGUUUGGUGUUAUUUCUAUGCCAAAUUCUUUAACAAGAAAAUAAAAAUGUAGGUUUACAUGACAUGUAGCAGCAACUAAUAAUAGCAGCCCCUCAGUAUCUCUUCUAAAUGGUGAUUGUAUAUUUAUGAAUAAGAUUUGUGACAUUUCUUCACAACAUUGAUUAAAUUGGGAGAGAGGCAUAAAAAGGGACAUUCGGAAGCAUAACUUCCAAAAAAGAUCGGACUUGUUUGAAUACUGU